AUGCAGAAGCUGAAGGAGUAUUUGGCGCAGUAUCAGCUACCAGUCGUGUUUGCGACAGGGGAACACCUAGGCCGCCACAAUCCUUGGAGCAUGGCUCAAGGCAAGUUGAAAUCGACUGGCGAAGAAGCCACUGUACUUUUCCAUCAGAAUGAAGCAAUGGAUGCCGGCACAAUUGACUACUUAAAAUUGGACGCUAUCUCAUUAUGUCGAUACCGCCAUCCUGGAAUUGUGUCUCCUUUGAUUCCGCUGUACAGCAGUCCUGCAGUUACUUUGAUAGCUAUUCGACCGGUCUCAACAAUAUUACAAAGUACGACUAGCUCGCCCGCACCCUGCACAACCCUUGAUCCGUGUGCAGAGCUACGAUUAAAACUGUCAUUGCCUGAAGUGCUCCAUGGAUUACGAGAUUUACAGUCAACUGUAGAAUUCCUUCACUCUCAAUGUCGUAUCGCUCAUUUAAAUAUAUGUCCUUCAACAAUAUACGUUGAUCGUAAUGGCAAAUGGUUGUUGGGUGGAUUUCUGUGCUCGGCACCCAUCCAGGACCGUUUGGGAGGUAUGUUGAACAAUUCUGGCGCGGUAGGCGGAACAUCCAUAUAUAACUGUUUUGAUGGCAGUACAAGCCUGGAUGAAUGUGACCGGUUGUCGCUGAGUAUCAUCGCCAAAGAGUACCUCUUAUGCGUACAGGGAUUGAUACCACCUCCUGGAGGAGUGUCAGUUGACUUAACAAGAACAGAUCCUGUCGGAAUCAAGUUGGCUAGGGAGUUCUUAGAAAGACAAUCACGAAAGCAUUUAAGCCACCAAGAGCUAGAAGUUGUCCAUUCCCUAAUUCGUGGUCCUACUGGCGAUCCGAACAAAGGUGCUGGGGUUGCAGAUUUGCCCGUGUUCAAAUCCAAGGUAAUGACAAUAUAUGAAGGAUUCGACGAAUUCCAUAAAAAACCGGUUUACGAGCAGUUGCGAUUCUUGGAGCAUAUAUUGCAAGACCCUUAUGAAAAUUCUUUGGGUCGCGAUCGGCAAACUUCUAUCAAUAUCUCGGUUUUGAAAGAUGGCGGGGAUGACUUAAUGAAGGCAUCUUUCAUUAAUAGCCACAUUCUACCGUCCCUUCUAACUUGCAUCAGUAGCGAUACUAGUUGCAGGGAUUUCUCUCGUAUCAUGCCUAGGAUAAUUUACGCCAUUUUACAGUGCGUCAAACUCGACCAUAAAAUGUACCACACACGUGUUUGGCCAUAUCUAAAAAAAUUAUUGAGCGCAAGAGAAAUUGGAAUUAAUGCCGUCACUCAGAUACUAAAGGAAGUGCCCUUCCUUCUAUCCCUCGACCCGGCCCAGGAGAGUGUCUGGAUACAGUUUGUGGUCAAGUGUAUCAGCAUAAAUGAGGCUACCAUACAAUCGAUAGCGAUUCAGCAGUUGCCGAGGGUAAUCAAGAAUCUAAGACCCAACACUCUGGAUACCGCUCUCAAUACCGUCGGUAGCAUCGUAGCCAGCACGGCGGCGGUCUUCGGUCAGAGUUCGCAAGGGGUACAGAAUCCUGGCGUGACUGAGAAUAGAGUUGGUGACUCACAAAAAUCUACGGGAAGCGGACUUUUAAGCAGCGGCGUUGAUGCUCUCGUGGCGACGUUAAGUACUGCGGGCAUUCGCCCCACGACCAGCUCUGGCAUCACACUGGUCGACAUUGUCAAGGCAGUUUGCACCACGGUCACUCGUAGCCCUUCUGCGGUCUCCGCGACCGGCUCCACGGCCGGGGGCGCCGCAGCGGGGGCGGGGGUUACUCCUGAGUUGCGCACUUGUGCGUUCCAAUGCUUCCACGAGCUAUUGUCCGUGUUGGACUUCGACACAAAGAAAGAUUUAAUUGUGCCUACCAUUAUCAAAAUUGUUUCGGAUGAUGCAUCAACUCAGGUAAGCAGGGCAGCAGUCAGCCUCUGCCGACAGACUCACUGGGGCUUCUCCCUCCACGAGCGCGUUCGGCUCCUCCUUCCCGUGUUGCUGGUGGUUAUAUCUCAUGAACAUCUGGACCAUGACACGUACCACGAAGCGAGAAAAUUGCUGCAAGAGAAUCUACAACAAAUUUACAACGUAAGAGAUGUUCGGUCCGGCACCCAGCUCGUUAGCGCCAGCCAAAUUGUUGUUGCCAACCAACUCGGAGCCCAAGACCCGAAACCGUCUAUGACUCAAGGACGGACAGAGCCCAAAGAACAGAAUGGGUCAGCCAACCGGCAACUGCAAAACAGAACGGAAGGUGGAACGAAAGUCGGGCCCCCAAAGUAUGAAAAAUCACUCGACGAUCUCUUUGUGAAUGAUACCAGUACUGAUCCGUUCGACGCGCUUAGGCAUCUCUAG